AACCUGUGUUCAACAUGAAUUUCACCUUCUAUCAUGUUAUUAAUUAAUAAACAAAUAUUUUCUGAUGCCAAAAUGAACAAAAGAGAAGGACCUGAUAAAAUAAGGAAACAUGAUUUUGUUAUAAUAAUAAUAAUUGUUGCAUUUUUGAGCUGCACUAGUAUUGGGCCACAACUAGUUUCUUGUCAGAAAAAUUCUGGUGGUUCAGGUGCUGGUGUUGAGAUAUUUGCCAAGGAAUUGUAUCGUGGCAUGAACAAUUAUACAUCUAUCUUCAAAGGUGCAAUCAAGAAAGAGUUGGGUUAUUGCAUUGUUGAUUUAGAUGCUGAUUGGGAUGGGGCCUUCAAUUUCACCAAAGAUCUCACAUUUUUGACCAUGUGUGCCCAACAAAUGAAAGGAGAUAUUACACAGAGAAUGUGCACGGCAGGAGAAAUAGAAGCCUAUGCAAGAAGUUUUGCUGCAGGGGACAAGUCUGCAGGCUCAGGAAGAACCAAAGCAAACUUCUUGAAGCCCAACAUAAACUGUAAUUUGAGCUCAUGGGUUAAUGGAUGUGAGCCUGGAUGGGGCUGCAAAGCUAAUCAGAAAGUUGAUAUUAAUAGUAAUAAGAAGGAUAUACCUGUUAGAUCUGCUGAUUGCCAACCUUGUUGUGAAGGGUUCUUUUGCCCUCGCGGCAUCACCUGCAUGAUACCUUGUCCUUUGGGCUCUUAUUGUCCACGUGGGCAACUCAAUAAAACUAGUGGAAUAUGUGAACCAUACCGUUAUCAGCUACCACCUGGAAAAGCUAACCAUACUUGUGGAGGAGCAGAUAUUUGGGCCGACAUUACUAGUAGUAAUGAGGUAUUCUAUAAUCCUUGCAGUAGAGGGUAUUACUGCAGAACAGGUUCUACAUCUCAAGAGAGAUGUUUUAGGCUAGCAAGUUGUGAACCUAAAUCAGCAAAUCAAAACAUUACUGCAUAUGGUCUCCUGGUUUUUGCUGGGUUGUGUUUUUUGCUGAUCAUCAUAUACAACUGUUCUGAUCAAGUUCUUGCAACUCGAGAAAGAAGACAAGCAAAAUCAAGAGAAAGGGCAGCUGCAAGUGUAAGAGAAACACAAAAUCGCGAAAAAUGGAAAUCUGCGAAAGACAUUGCUAAGAAGCAUGCAGUAGGACUACAAUCACAAUUGUCACGAACAUUUUCGCGCAAAAAAACAUCGAAGACAGACAAUUUGAAAGGUGUGCUACCACCUAUUGGACCAGGUUCAUCAAAAGGAAAGAAAAAGGAUAAAAGCAACCUGACAAAAAUAAUAAAUGAUAUAGAGCAAGACCCUGAUAGUCAAGAAGGGUUCAAUGUGGAAAUAGGAGAUAAAAAUGUGAAAAAGCAAGCACCAAGGGGUAAACAGUUGCAUACUCAGAGCCAAAUUUUCAAGUAUGCAUAUGGUCAGAUUGAAAAGGAAAAGGCAUUGCAGGAACAGAAUAAGAACUUGACAUUCUCUGGAGUGAUCUCAAUGGCUAGUGACGUUGAUACAAGAAAGAGACCAACAAUUGAGGUUGCUUUUAAAGACUUGACACUCACUUUGAAAGGGAAAAACAAACAUCUAUUAAGAUGUGUGACUGGUAAGUUACAUCCUGGAAGAGUUUCUGCUGUCAUGGGACCAUCUGGGGCUGGUAAGACAACAUUUCUUUCUGCUUUAACUGGAAAAGCAGCUGGUUGCCACACAACUGGUCAAGUUCUUGUAAAUGGUCAGGAAUCGCCUAUUCGAUCAUUUAAGAAGAUAAUUGGUUUUGUGCCACAAGAUGAUAUUGUCCAUGGUAAUUUGACAGUGGAGGAGAAUCUUUGGUUCAGUGCCAGAUGCAGACUCUCUGCCGAUCUACCGAAAGAAGAGAAGGUGUUAGUGGUUGAAAGAGUUAUUGAGUCCUUAGGUCUGCAGGCGAUAAGAGAUUCUCUGGUUGGGACGGUAGAGAAACGAGGAAUCUCUGGAGGUCAAAGGAAGAGAGUAAAUGUUGGACUGGAAAUGGUUAUGGAACCCUCCCUUCUAAUUUUGGAUGAACCGACGUCCGGUUUGGACAGUUCAUCUUCACAGUUACUGCUUAGAGCACUUAGACGCGAGGCUCUUGAAGGAGUGAACAUAUGUAUGGUCCUUCACCAACCGAGUUACACAUUGUUCAAGAUGUUUGAUGAUUUUAUACUGCUAGCUAAAGGAGGUCUUACAGUGUAUCAUGGACCUGUAAACAAAGUGGAAGAGUACUUUUCCGGUAUAGGGAUUGUUGUACCUGACCGUGUAAACCCUCCAGAUUACUACAUUGACAUUUUAGAAGGAAUAAUAAAACCAAGUGCAAGCUCAGGAGUAAACCAUAAACAACUACCAGUUAGAUGGAUGCUUCAUAAUGGAUAUCCUGUGCCUAUGGAUAUGCUAGAACUUAUUGAAGGAAUGUCUGCUCCAAGUGGUAAUAGUGCAGCACAUGGAACAUCAGCUAACCCUGCACGACUUACCGCUGCACCUUCUUUUGCCGGAGAACUUUGGCAGGAUGUGAAGUGCAAUGUUGAGAUGAAGAGAGACAACCUUCAACUCAACUUCUUAAGUUCGAACGAUUUGUCCAAUAGGACUACACCCAGUGCUUUCACACAAUACAAAUACUUUCUUGGAAGAGUUGGUAAGCAGCGGUUGCGAGAAGCUAGAACAAUAGCUGUAGAUUUUCUGAUUUUGCUGCUAGCUGGUGUUUGCUUAGGAACACUUGCCAAAGUGAGUGAUGAAUCGUUCGGAGCAACUGGUUACACAUACACCGUCAUUGCAGUAUCACUCCUUUCAAAGAUUGCAGCUCUGAGAUCCUUUUCAUUGGAUAAGUUGCACUACUGGAGAGAAAGCGCUUCAGGGAUGAGUAGCCUUGCAUACUUUCUUUCGAAGGACACAGUUGACCAUUUCAGUACAAUUAUCAAACCUCUGGUUUACCUCUCCAUGUUCUAUUUCUUCAACAAUCCAAGAUCAUCUUUCACAGAUAACUACAUUGUUCUACUAUGUUUAGUGUAUUGUGUCACCGGUAUAGCUUACGUGUUAGCAAUCUUCCUUCAACCAGGCCCAGCUCAGCUGUGGUCAGUGUUACUACCAGUAGUUUUGACUCUUGUAGCAACCUAUGAUAACGAAGAGGAUAGCAAAUAUGUGGCUUUUCUAUCUGACUUGUGCUACACCAAGUGGGCUCUUGAAGCAUUUGUAAUAUCAACUGCUAAAAGAUAUUCUGGAGUUUGGUUAAUAAGUAGAUGUGGUGCACUCUAUUCAUAUGGCUAUGAUCUCAAACAUUGGUACCAAUGUUUAGGACUCCUUGUUGUGACAGGAAUAAUUAGUCGCGUACUUGCAUUUUUUUGUAUGAUAACCUUCCAGAAGAAAUAGUUUCAGCAUUCAAUCCCUCUGAUUUUUUCAUUUGGACAAAAUUCAAGAUUACAUGUCCAAGACUCUACCUGUGGUCACCAACUAGAAAAAGCAACGUGACAUGUGUUGUAUUCUGGUAUAAAUAUAGAAAGCUUAUCAGAGAGAGUUUGAGAACAAUUGUUAGGUGUGGAUAAAGUAGCAUUAGACUUCCUUAGAAGAUACGCUUUCUCACUAAUUGCUGUUUUCAAAGCAAUUAUUAGUUUUUUAUAUGCUUCAACAGCAAGCUCAGCAUAACUCAAUAUAGGUCAAUAGUUGAGUUUAACAUUAUCAUUCAUGUCUCCACCAAAUUGGUUUGGUGGUGACAGUAACCAAAUGUAUAUGAUAUGACUAUCAAUGGAUCUAUAAAUUUUUCUAUUCUUUCAAUAAAGGUAUGCAUGAA